AAAAAACCCCAAAGUAUUCUGUGCAUGUUUGGUGACUUGUAAUUUUUUUGAAGGGGGCGUCUUUGCAGACACCUCCGGAAAUGCCCAUUGUACAUCGUGGUACUGAAGGCCCUGGUAUUUAGUGAAUGACAAGGGUUUAGCUUGUCUAGCCACACAUUACAGAGAGAUAUGAACUUGUGCUAUAUGACAAGCUUGUUUAUUCAUGACUUCACAUCCUGAACCAAAUUUUUAUGUUUUUUUCUUUCUUUCUUUCUUUCUCUCACUUUUUUCUAGAUCUUCACUAUGACAAGGACUGAAUCCAGCCUUCAUCCAAGACCAGACAUAUCCCUGUGGUUGCCCUAGUUCCUUCCAUCAGGAGUAGCAACCAGCUUUAGAAAGUUCUGCUUAAGUUCUUCUUCUUAGUUCUUAGCAAUUCUUCAUCACUGGAGAGACUGUAGUAGUGAUCUAUCUGAGCAAAGUAGAGGAAUUUCCAUAGCAUUUAUUGAGACGAUAGACCUAUUCAUCUGAACAACUACCAAAGGAUUGGGUUGAUUCCAUGCCUGGAGUGUAGACAAGACGAGACGACGAUCAAGUAUGAACAAUGUCAGAAAAAUGUUGCAUGUAAGUCAUCCGGUAUUGUGUACAGAUUGUUAAAUAUAGCCAUAGCUUCUAUUUUAAACCUUAAUGGGAAAGUAAAAUUAGACCUGAGUCCAGAGAUCUGAGAUAUGUGCAAAGAACCCAGCUGAACCAAGACAGAUUGAUGGGAACAAUCACUCUUAUUGGGGAAAACUUCUUUUAGAAUGGCUUAUGUCAUUGUUAAAUUAUUGCAAAACCUGCAUCUCUCUUGACGGUGUAGCUAUGAGCAGCAACACAGAAGCAUGAUGGAUGAGUACAACGCCACCGCCGAGCUUUUCCUCUCUAACAACACGAGCAGCUUGGACACUUCAGAGUCCUGGGACGAAGCAACACAACUAGGCCUCCAGAUCUCUCUAUCGAUCCUACUGGCCAUAGUAACUUUGGCUACGACGCUGUCCAAUGCUUUUGUCAUCGCCACCAUUUUCCUGACACGCAAGCUGCACACACCUGCUAACUUCCUGAUUGGCUCUCUGGCCCUGACAGACCUGCUUGUGUCCAUCCUGGUCAUGCCUAUCAGCAUCUUGUAUACAGUGAGCAAGACAUGGACGCUUGGGCAGGUGGUUUGCGACAUCUGGCUCUCAUCGGAUAUCACCUUCUGCACAGCGUCCAUCCUGCACCUGUGUGUGAUUGCGCUGGACCGGUACUGGGCCAUCACGGAUGCGCUGGAGUACUCCAAGAGGCGGACGACUGGACGGGCUGCGCUCAUGAUUGCAGUCGUCUGGGUGAUCUCCAUCUCCAUCUCCAUGCCGCCGCUCUUCUGGAGGCAAGCCAAGGCUCAUGAGGAGUUGACCGAAUGUAUGGUCAACACAGACCAGAUCUCCUACACGCUCUACUCCACUUUUGGUGCCUUUUACGUGCCCACCGUGCUCCUCAUCAUCCUUUACGGCCGAAUCUACGUGGCUGCCCGCAGUCGGAUCUUCAAGACGCCAGCGUCAAGGGCAAAACGAUUCACUACGGCUCAGCUCAUCCAAACAUCAGCUGGUUCAUCCCUCUGCUCGCUCAACUCAUCGACCAACCAGGAGGGGCAUCUUCAGCUAGGAGGAGCAGGAAGUGGAGGAGGAGGGUCUCCAAAUUUUACAAACAGCGUUAAGGUGAAGCUAGCAGAUAGCAUCCUGGAGCGAAAACGUUUGUGUGCGGCGAGAGAAAAGAGAGCCACGAAAACGCUGGGCAUCAUCUUAGGAGCCUUCAUCGUCUGCUGGCUGCCCUUCUUUGUAGGAACACUCCUCAUGGCUAUCUGUAAAGAGUGCUGGUUCCACCCGGUGCUGUUUGACUUCUUCACCUGGCUCGGCUAUCUCAACUCGCUUAUCAACCCUGUGAUCUACACGGUCUUCAACGACGAGUUCAAGCAGGCCUUCCACAAGCUUAUCAAGUUCAAGAGAUGCUACUGACACUUCCAAAUUUUGCUCUCUAACUGAAAAGGGUUGGUGUAUCAGGCAUGAGUAAUGGUAAAGCAUUUUCUCUGGCAUUUCCUCUUUACUUUGUUGUUCUCAAAUACAGAAUUCACUGUCAUGACGUUUGAUCAUGAUGCAUUUUUGUACAGUUGAAUCACCAUGAGACACCUUGUAAAAAAAAGUUGUGUCAAACUGUGGAUGUUACCCCGUAGAUUAACUAAUUAUGCAUGUCUUAUAGUCUCUGGUUCAUCCCUUAGAAAAUAUUUGUCCUGUAUCUAUAAGCAAUUGCAAAUGCUAAGAGCCUUACCAAACAAAACAGGAGGACUCGUGAGACGUUGGGAAACGUUAAUCUGGAAUAGCCUGAAAAAACAAGAAGUUAUGCGUUUACAAGUACAUGGUAUAUACGUAGUCUAUAGAGAAGAGAUGUAUAAAGAUUUCAUUUUGCAAAAAAACUUUUGUUGUGUGUUGUUGUCAUUUGUAUUGCGAUGUUCCAAGCUGUAUUCGUUUAGUUAUUA